UAGGGAAGGAGAUCAAAGCCAAGCCGACACUUCCUGUUGCCCGGCUCUUUAUAAAACGUGACGGGCGCACGAGCUGCAGAGUCGCACCGUAGCGCACCCAGCCGCCGCCGCCGCCGCCGCCUCCGAGCGCCUGAGGUUUCCCGGGACCACAAUGCAGAAGCUGUUGUGGGGCGCGCUAGUGCUUCUGGACGUCUCCAUUAAGUGGACCAUCCAGGAAACCUUUCCUCCCAAGUACCUGCAUUAUGACCCAGAAACCUCUCGUCAGCUCAUGUGUGCCCAGUGUCCCCCUGGCACCUACCUGAAACAGCACUGCACCUCCAGGCACAGCACGGUGUGUGCACCCUGCCCCAAGCACUACUACACCGACAGCUGGCACAGCAGCGACGAGUGUCUGUACUGCAGCCCGGUGUGCAAGGAGCUGCAGCUUGUCAAGCAGGAGUGCAACGGCACCCACAACCGUGUGUGCGAAUGUGAGGACGGCCGCUUUCUGGAGCUCGAGUUCUGCCUGAAGCACAGGAGCUGCCCGCCAGGGUUUGGUGUGCUGCACGCUGGAACCCCUGAGCGAAAUACAGUUUGCAAAAGAUGUCCAGAUGGAUUCUUCUCGAGUGAAACAUCAUCGAAGACACCCUGCAGAAAACACACAAAUUGCAGUGCGCUUGGUCUCCUUUUAACUCAGAAAGGAAAUACUACACAUGACAAUCUAUGUUCUGGAAACAGUGAAGUGACUCAAAAAUGUGGAAUAGAUGUCACCUUAUGUGAAGAGGCAUUCUUUAGGUUUGCAGUUCCUACCAAGUUCACCCCUAACUGGCUCAGCAUUCUUGUAGACAACUUGCCUGGCACCAAAGUAAACGCGGAGAGUGUCGAGAGAAUAAAACGGCAACAUAGCUCCCAAGAACAAACUUUCCAGCUGCUGAAGUUAUGGAAACAUCAAAACAAAGACCAAGAUACGGUCAAGAAGAUCAUUCAAGAUAUCGACCUCUGUGAAAACAGCGUGCAGCGCCACAUUGGACACAUGAACCUCUCCUUCGAGCAGCUUCGCAGCUUGAUGGGAAACUUGCCUGGGAAGAGAGUCCCAGCAGAAGACAUUGAGCAGACCACGAAGGCAUGCAAAUCAAAUGAGCAGAUUCUGAAGCUGCUCAGCCUGUGGAGAAUAAAAAAUGGCGACCAAGACACUUUGAAGGGCUUAAUGCACGCACUCAAGCACCUGAAAACAUACCAUUUCCCCAAAACUGUCACUCAAAGCCUAAAGAAGACCAUCAGGUUCCUUCACAGCUUCACUAUGUACAGACUGUACCAGAAGCUGUUUUUAGAAAUGAUAGGGAACCAGGUUCAAUCCGUAAAAAUAAGCUGCUUAUAACCGGAAGUGAUCAUUAGGCUGUUUUCUCACCCAUGGGUCAGAGCGCAUGGAUGAGUAAGCCAUUUCUCAGGCACUUGAGGGGGUACAAUGAUUUCUUUCUCAUCUCCAAUGUCAAGGUUCGGCCACAGGGCAUGAAAAAAAAAGAAGUUAUGGUGUGGCAAAAUAACUAAUAUUUCCUCCCAAAAUUCAAUAAAUCCCAAAUAAUUUAUCCAACUAACAGAUCUGGUCCAAUAUCUACUCACUACAUUUUCCUUUAUUACUGCUUGCAGUAAUUCAACUGGAAAUAAAAAACUAGACUUCAUUGUAACUUACUAAAUAUGGGAAUGUCUAAUUUAAAUAGCUUUGAGAUUUCAGCUGUGCUAGAGGCUUUUAUUAGAAAGCCAUAUUUUUUUUCUGUAAAAGUUACUAAUAUAUCUGUAACACUAUUACAGUAUUUGUUAUUUAUAUUCUUUCAAAUAUAAGGUUUGUACAUAUUAUCAUCCUAAAUGGAAAUUGUGUAAGACAAUUUUAGAAAGAAGAAAAAUAUAUGCUGUUUAUUAUUAUGACAAGUGAAAGAGAUAAAAUAUAUAUUUUUAAUGGAAAGUGUGUAGAUUUUCCUAAUAACUUCUUGCCAUUCUUCCCAUGUGGAAUGUUUUUGUAAUAUAAUUUCACCUGUAUAAGUUGUAAUAUCAUUUUAUAGAAAAUUUGUUCUUUAGUCGGUUGUUUAAUGUUGGAAAGUGUAUGAAAUAUAAAUUAUCUGAUUAUUAGAUGCUCUGAGAAACUGAA